GGUUACCCGAGGAGCUGCCCGUCCCUUAGUUGGAGCUGUGAGGUUUCCGCGUCUGUGUUUUGGGGCCCUCAGUCGCUGACCCGGCAGCUCGACCCCUCGCUCAACACACCCGGCCGCCAUGCCGUCCAAGAAACGCAGCAGCCGCGGGACCAAAACCAACACGCAGCGGAGCCGGAAGCUCGCCUCCUUCCUGAAGGACUUCGACCGCGAGGUGCAAGUUCGAAUCAAGCAAAUUGAAUCCGACAGACAGACCCUCCUCAAAGAGGUAGAAAAUCUCUACAACAUCGAGGUCCUUCGGCUCCCCAAGGCUCUGCAAGUCAUGAACUGGCUUGACUACUUCGCCCUAGGAGGAAACAAGCAGGCCCUGGAAGAGGCAGCAACAGCUGAUCAAGACAUCACAGAAAUAAACAAUUUAACAGCUGAAGCUAUUCAGACACCUUUGAAGUCUGUUAAAAAGCGAAAGGUAAUCGAGGUGGAUGAAGCAAUAAAGGAAGAAGAAGAUGAAGAAGAAGGAGGAAGAAGAAGAAGAAAGAGCCAUAAGAAUCUUCGAUCUGCAAGAGUCAAAAGAUGCCUUCCGUCUAAGAGAGCCCAGUCCAUUCGAGGAAGAAGCCGAAGCAAAAGGUUAAGCCAUGACUUUGUAACGCCAGCUAUGAGCAGGCUGGAGCCAUCCCUGGUGAAACCAACCCCAGGCAUGACACCUCGGUUUGAUUCCCGGGUCUUCAAGACUCCAGGGCUACGCACUCCAGCAGCCAAAGAGCAGGUUUACAACAUCUCCAUCAACGGCAGCCCUCUCGCAGACAGCAAAGAGAUCUCCCUGAGUGUGCCCAUAGGUGGCGGUGCGAGCUUGCGGUUAUUGGCCAGUGACUUGCAGAGGGUUGAUAUUGCUCAGCUGAAUCCAGAGGCCUUGGGAAACAUUAAGAAACUCUCGAGCCGCCUUGCCCAGAUCUGCAGCAGCAUACGGACGGGCCGAUGAGAAGACAGCAGGGCACACGGGUGGCAGCAGGGACUGCUGUAGCAGAACUCGCACAUCUGUCCUUCACUCCUUCUGUGGGGUGCUUCACCUGCCAACAUCUGCAAUGGUGCUUUGUUUCUGACAGCUGUGGGGUCUUGCUGUGCUGUACACUUCUAUUUAGUGGGAAUUUAGAUGGGGAACACAGGGUUAGUCAGGGUCUUUAUGUGCCUGGUGCGGAGUGACUGAGAACUGUCUAUGGUUCGAGGUCCCACAAGGCUGUACACUGCUUAGAACAUUGUCCUAGAGGGCAAGUGUAACCUUCGCCCCAGGCAGGGCCCAGGUAGGCUAUGCAGUCAGCAUUGGGUCUGCGCUCCUUGCAGGUCUAGGUGCAUGGCUCUCCCUGUUAUGUUCUGUUGUUAUUUCUGUCCUCUGUGGGCAGUUGUGUUCCAAGUUGGUUUUCUUUUGCUGAGGCUUUUAUACACAUCAUUCUGAGUAGUUACCAUCUCAGCUGAUUUGUUCUACUGAAAGCUUGCUGUUUUCAAUAAAUCUUCAUUUGCUGUAGUUUUUAA